AUGCUCCUCCAAGGUGCGCUUGCCACGCUCGGCCUCUGCACGUCUGUCUUCGCGCAGGACGUGUCCUCCUACAUCUCCUCCGAGGGACCCAUCGCCUUGACCGGCGUUCUCAACAACAUCGGUCCUAAUGGCUCGAAGGCGCCUGGUGCUGAUGCCGGUGUCGUCGUUGCCAGUCCUAGCACCUCAAACCCGAAUUACUUCUACACUUGGAUCCGUGACUCGUCCCUCACGUUCCAGGUCCUGAUCGACCGCCUCGUGAGCGGGCAGGACACCUCGAACCAGGGUCUCAUCGACGACUUUACCGUUGCAUACGCCAACAUUCAGCAGGUCACCAACCCGAGCGGGAGCGUCAGCUCCGGUGGUCUUGGCGAGCCAAAGUUCUACGUCAACGAGACAGCUUUUGAUGGAAGCUGGGGUCGCCCGCAGCGCGACGGCCCGGCGCUGCGCUCGACCGCGUUCAUUACCUAUGCCAACUACCUCAUCUCGAAGAACAACCAGACGUAUGUCCAGAACACGCUCUGGCCCGCGAUCAAGCUCGACCUCGAUUACGUCGCCGCGAACUGGAACCAAACCACGUUCGACCUUUGGGAAGAGAUUCAAUCAUCCUCGUUCUUCACCACCGCUGUGCAGCACAAGGCGCUCCGCCUCGGCUCCGCACUCGCGAGCACGCUCGGGGAGGACCACAGCACCUACGACACGCAGGCUGGCGACGUCCUGUGCUUCCUGCAGUCCUACUGGAACCCCUCGCCCGGGUACAUGACCGCAAACACGGGCGGCGGGCGCUCGGGCAAGGACGCGAACACCGUCCUCGCGUCGAUCCACACGUUCGACCCCGCCGCGGCCUGCGACUCCGUGACGUUCCAGCCGUGCUCGGACCUGGCGCUGAGCAACCUCAAGACGUACGUCGACUCCUUCCGCGAGAUCUACACCGUCAACAGCGGCAUCUCCGCGAGCGCCGCGGCCGCCGUCGGCCGGUACCCGGAGGACGUGUACCAGGGCGGAAACCCGUGGUACCUCGCGCUGUUCGCCGUCGCGGAACAGCUGUACGACGCGCUGUACGUGUGGGACCAGCAGGGCUCGCUGAGCAUCUCCGACAUCUCGCUCGGCUUCUUCAAGCAGUUCGACAGCGGCGCGGCGUCGGGGAGCUACGCGAGCUCGAGCGCGGAGUACACGAACCUCACGGGCGCGAUCAAGAGCUUCGCGGACGGGUUCAUCGCGCUCAACGCGAAGUACACGCCCAGCGGCGGCGGGCUCGCGGAGCAGUUCAGCAGGGACGACGGCACGCCGACGAGCGCGGUCGAUCUGACGUGGAGCUAUGCGUCUGCGCUCACGGCGUUCGAUAGGCGCGCGGGCAGCGUGCCGGGUUCGUGGGGCGCCAAGGGGCUCACGACGAGCUGCGGCCAGAGCAAAAUCGGAGAAAGCACGACGACGUCGGUCACGUUUAGCGUCAACAAGACGACCUCGCUCGGACAGGCCAUCUACCUGACCGGCAGCGUCGCCGCGCUGAGCUCGUGGUCGACCUCGAACGCCGUCCUCCUCUCGACGCUCGACUACCCCGUCUGGAGCACGACGCUCAACCUACCCUCGAGCACUGCAAUCACCUACAAGUACUUCGUCCUCGAGAACGGCCAGGUCACCUGGGAGUCCGACCCGAACAACAGCAUCACGACUGCCGCGAGCGGCUCGCAGACGCUCAAUGAUACAUGGCAUUGA